UUUCUAUCCUCCGACCCCUUCCCCCCACGCCCACUUUCCGCCUCAGUCCUUGCAGACUUGGGUGUUUUGCUUCUUCCGCAGGUCCUUCGGUGGCCCGGAGGGAGAAGAAGCAUAACGAAGGCAGCGGCGGCAGCGGCCACCGCGAGGACCCGUCGAGGCGAGCCCCGUCCCGGACAGGCCGGGCGGGAUGAAGAGGGGGGUUCCUUGGCGGCGGCGGCAACUCGAGCAGCUAGGCCCCACCGCCGUGCUGCCAUGGAAACGGGCGACGACGGCGGCCGCCGAGGGACACAAAGGGUGCCGGAGCGGCGCUUGAGGCGCGCCGAGCGCCAGCGGGAGCCGCCGCUUCUGAGGGGCGCCGCCGCCAUGGAGGCCGCAGGGCGCGGCGGCGGGCUGGGCCAGGCGGCGGCCGCCUCCUCCUCCCCGUCGCGCUACCGCCUGGUGUCGGAGGUCGGGCGCGGCGCCUACGGCGUGGUCUACGAGGCCGUGUCCGGGCGCAGCGGGGCCCGCCUGGCCGUCAAGCGCAUCCGCUGCGACGCGCCCGAGAACGUGGAGCUGGCGCUGGCCGAGUUCUGGGCCCUGACCAGCCUGCGCCGCCGCCACCCCAACGUCGUGCGCUUCGAGGAGUGCGUCCUCCAGCGCGACGGCCUCGGGCAGCGCAUGAGCCACGGCAACAAGCGCAGCGCCCUCUACCUGCGCCUCGUCGAGACCUCCCUCAAAGGUGAGAGGAUCUUGGGCUAUGCUGAAGAGCCCUGUUAUCUUUGGUUUGUCAUGGAGUACUGUGAAGGGGGAGACCUGAACCAGUACAUUCUCUCUCGCAGACCCGACCCGGCCACCAACAAAAGUUUUAUGCUCCAGCUGACAAGCGCCAUUGCCUUCCUUCACAAGAAUCACAUUGUGCACAGGGACCUGAAGCCUGACAACAUUCUGAUCACUGAGAAAUCUGGUGCACCCAUUCUGAAGGUGGCAGAUUUUGGCCUCAGCAAGGUGUGUGCUGGCUUGACUGCCCGAGGCAAGGAAGGGGAGAACGACAACAAAAAUGUGAAUGUGAACAAAUACUGGCUGUCAUCUGCCUGUGGCUCAGACUUCUACAUGGCUCCCGAGGUCUGGGAGGGACACUACACUGCCAAGGCAGAUAUCUUUGCCCUGGGCAUCAUUAUUUGGGCAAUGAUUGAGAGGAUAACAUUCAUUGAUGCAGAGACCAAGAAGGAGCUGCUGGGGACCUACAUCAAGCAGGGGACUGAGAUUGUACCCGUUGGGGAAGCGCUGCUAGAAAACCCAAAGAUGGAGUUGCACAUCCCCCAGAAACGCAGAACUUCCAUGUCUGAGGGGAUCAAGCAGCUCUUGAAAGACAUGUUGGCUGCUAACCCACAGGACCGACCCGAUGCCUUUGAGCUUGAAUCCAGGAUGGACCAGGUUACUUGUGCUGCUUGAACUCAGGUCAAAGCAUUGGCAUGCUUUGAAAAUGGGGGAUUUCUUACCAGGGACCUACAAUCUCCAUUACUUAUGUGCACAGAGGAAAGAGGAGGACAGCCCACUUCAAGCACCAGGAUCUUUGGCAAUGUGAAGUUCCAAGAGUCUUUUUAAAUUCAUGAGACAGAACAUGAGCAAGAACCGUUGUAACCCAUUUCAUUAUGAGACUAUUAAAGUUCUUAAAAUUUGCCUUUUCCCUCUCCCUACUACCCACUCAGUUUUCUUGAUGAACUAAAUCUGUGCAAGUAUUUCUGGAGAAUGCCUCUUUACCUAACAAUACUGGGGUGGAAGUGGGGGGUGCAGGAACUAAGCAUUUUUUCCCUGCUGCUAUUGCUAAGUACCAGAACUCUGGUCCCAGAUGAGUGUAAGAUCUCUUCUUAGUGCUGUUUAGCAGGGAGAGGUUCAGUGGGAGGUGCAGCCAAUAGCAAGCUACAGUUCAUCUAGUGGCUGCUACUGACACCCAGUAGUAGCAAACAAAAGGAAGCCUUGUCAACCUGAGUGUUCCCUGAUAUUGGGUAGACUCUGUUCUUCUGCUCUCUUCUGAAGAGUGUUUCACCAGUGGAACUUGGCAACCAUAAGUCUGACAGUUAAAACAGGAAGCCACUUUCAAGGUGGCCAGAAAACUGGAAGCUGUGUCGUGUCCAUGGGAGAGGCCUGACUUGCCAUGUGCCAAAUUUCACAGGUCAAGAACAUGGUAUAUUGGGGCAGGGAGGUUACAUCUGGCAAUUGGUUUCCUGCAUAUUGUGGCUUGUCUGCUUUGAAAAUUCACACCUGCCAAGGGCAGGUGGCUGACUUGGUUAUAGAGCUUGGUCACUGAAGUGACUCAGAGCCUGGAGCUUCACACUUGGAAUGGAACUUCUUUGCCCACAUCGGCUUUUCCAGCUCUGAACUACUUUUGGGGUAGUUCUGGUCGGUCUUACCUAAAUCUGCCUCACUGUAAUUAAAGCACAGCCUACACUUCCUUGCCCCUGGGGCUUCUUGUAUAUGCUAGCAAAUACGUCCCCCCUCAUGCAUUAGGCACUUCCUGCAGUCAUCUGAUCUGAAAUGCUCUGUUGCUGUUAUCUAGGUAUCCAUUUUUGAAUUGGCUAGCUGGCAUUCCAUUGUUUCUCUAGUUGAUCCAGCUGGCUGCUCCUAAAGAUGAGUAGAUCUUUACACUAGACUUGUAAGUUGCCAUGGAGAAGAUUCUGCUCCUGUGCAUCUCUUCCAUAGGUCUUAACUGGUACAACUACAGGGCUAUCACUGCUUGUUCUUGUGCUGCCCAGGCCCAUGGUGGUGAAGGCUAAAGCUAGAUUAAGUCGGUGCAACUGAGUUGGUUCAUGGUAGCCCACUUGCGGGGUUACCUGCAUAUUGUCACACUACUCCCAAGGCUGUAGCCAGUAUUUGUAAGACACUGAAAGACAGGAUGCUGUGGUGUGUGUUGUGGCUUUGGGAAGGCUUUACUCUUACUAAAUAUCAACUGGAACAGAAGGCUGUGGUUCCUGUCCAGUGUGCUGCUCUUUGCAUCCACUCUUGCCCACUGUGACAUGCCUUUCCUGGGAUGUGGGUAGCUACAACCAGAACUUGAAAAACCAGCUUCUUCCUUGGACUGUUUUGUGGCUGUUCAGCCAAGUGUUGGCCAGUAAUGACAUAUGAAGUCAUUUCUAGGCACUCGGGAAUCGUGGAUAGGCAAACUUUUACCUUUUUAAAAAAACAACAACAAAAAGACCUGUAUAACAAGGUCGGUUCUCCAUUACCAAAAGUCCUUGGACUGCCAACUGUAUCUGCCAUAGCAAAACAGUAGGCCGUGGAAUGCAUAGUAUAGGGGCCCAGGUGGAACCUAUUCACUCUUGUGGUUCCUUAUUGGAGGACAGAUAUGGCAAUCUUUUCUCUAACACUUGAUGUUUUCCAGAGUCCCAACAAAAUUGCCAUCUUAACUUGGGCACUGUGUAGAUGCAUGACCUAAUCCCUGCAAAAAGCACUACAGGCAACCACAAACCCUCCACUGAGCUAAUCUUGGUUUCUGUAAUGGCACCACCUUGGUACUGCUGUGACUUCAGCCACAUCCCCCUCUCUUGUGCUUUGUGCUGCAGUUAGGGUUGUGUUCUUGUGCUAGUAGUUAGACCAUAGUGCCUUACUGGAGGGCUUGAAGGACUCUUGUGGCAGCAUUUAACCAUGGAAGGAGUCUUCCUUUUUCUCUUGUUUUUCUGUGGUGCUCCAAAUGUGUCCUCCCAUUCCUCUCCUUUCCUUUGCCUGAGAUAGUCUUGUUGCUGGUUGCCCUCAGGAUGGAGUUGCACUCUUCAAAAAUAGCCUAGCAUCCAAUUUGCGAUACAUUUUCUGGGGUGAUGGCAUCUAACCAGGGGAGCAACCUAGCCUCUUUCAAAGAGCAUGAACCAUGGUCUCUGAGGGCAAUGUAUACUGGGCUGCUUCCCCAAUGUCUAGCUGUCAUCUCUUUUUGGUGGUGUGUGUGGUGGUGUUGCAGACAAUAGGAGACUGUUUUGGCUGAGACUUCUGGGGUCCCAUGGAUCCCAGUUUACCUUGGCCACUGUUCACAUGGGAGUGUAUCCCAACCCUCUUGAUUUGUUGGGGAUGUGACCUCUUUAGUUUGAUGACUUUGGAAUGGAAAUAGCUUCCUUGUUACCAAGAGCUGCCACUGACAUUUUGUGUCAUGGGCUCUUUUUGGCUGGCUGACAUGGCUUUAGUGUUGUGGGUAUGUUUUUUUAAUACUGAAUUGUUUACAUUUAACUCUGCUGUUUAUAGUUGGUGGUGGGGACUGGAGUUCAUUGGGCGUCUUCUCACACUGAUGUGGGGACUGGCAGAGGACUGCAGGGAGGAUUUUUCUUAGGGCUUCAGCCCAUUCCAAAUUCCUCCCAUCACUUCUCCCCUAGGUUUCUGGCGCAGAGACAGGGGAACCUAGCAACAAAACUGUCAGCAUUGGCCUCUCUUCUGAGUCUGUACCUACAUCUGCACAACAUUCUCCAACAAAGUUGCAUAGAACUCUGCGUUAUGUUGCAUAGACCUUGGUUUGUCCAGCACUGCUUUGUCUGUGUCCUGCCCCCACGUUGCAGGCUGGUCUCUUGCAGUCUCAGCUCUGGAGCUCUGCCCGUGUUUUCUUCCAUUGUAUCUAGAGACUGUACCUUGCACUCCUUACCCUUCCAGCCUUGGGAAAACCUUGGAAACUAGAGUGGGAAGAGCAGGCGUGCUCAGCCCUAUGACAGAAGGGAGAACAAGAACCACGAGGCUGUACCCUCAGCAAAGCGAGGUGACUCGCUUGAUGACCUACUGGCAGUUUGUACUUGUGACAGACUGGUAGCUAAGUUGCAAGUGUGCUGCAGGUUUGUAAGACCCAGAAGACCUCGGAUGCAUUCCUAGAACGGCCACUUUCUGAACAUGUUAUGCAAAUGCUGCUAAGGCACAGUGAUAAUGAUUGUAGAGUGUCCCAGCACACAUUAAGCUCAUGCUGCUGACUGAGGACGGGGUGAGGCCUGUGUUUCACUGGAAGGUUUUAAUGGGGGGAAAGGGAGCUUUCCAAGCAAUCCUGAAGCAUCUGACUAGCUGGUGGCAGAAGGCAGUCAUGGUUGUGGUCGGUUUCCCUGGUGUGGACAUACUUCUGAAGGAAGAUUCUCCUUAGCUAUGUGCCUGUGUAGGGGAACAUUGGUGUUUACAUUGGGUCAGGAUGGGUUAAGCACAGAAGCACCUGAUCUGGCUGGCAACACAUAGCAGUCAUGUCUCAGGUACCAUUAUUGAUCAGAAACGUAUCCUAGUUGAGCCAGUGCAGACAUGGCAAAGCUAACUGCACGGGGCAGAAGAGAUAGCAAAGAGAGUCAAAGCCACACCAUUCAGUCUUGAGAAUCCCAUUUUGCAGGAAGCCAGUCCACUUCUGUACUGGUGUGGUUUUUCUUUAAAACAAUCUACCCCAUGCCUGCAUCAUCAGUAUCCCCACCUCCCCCCCCCCACACACACACACUUGUGUUGCCCCUCAGUGGAAGAGAUGUGGAGAUGGAUUCAGUACUUGCUAGUUCCUCUUGCUGCUGCUGCGCUGAAGGGUUGAGGUGCUAGAUUGAUGGCCAGGGUCUUCCUCUUUCCCUUACAGUUUGGUUCUGUGCAUUAUCAGGCAUCUCCAAACACUGCCAGAGACUUUCUAGAGCAAUAACCUCUAUCCUCUCUGAAUUCCUUGUAUUCCCCCCCCCCCCUUUACAUAUAUGCAGUUAUCUAGUCUGGGUUGAAGCCUGCUGGGUUACACUAUAACAUAUUUGAAGCUGAGGUGGUUGAUGAAAAAUGCCCAUAGUACUUUUUGGCUUUUUAACAAAAAGUGCAUCUUCUAAGCAUCCCUCUUUCCAUGAGGGAGAUUAGGCAGAAUCAUUGUGGGGUUUUUUUUCUUAAAACAAAAACUUCACAUGCCUGCCACCCCUGGGACUCAUGGGUGGUCAUCUGAACUGUUGGGGAACUGGCUCUUUCUCCUCCUUCCAGAAGGAUUCAGCUGCAUUCUUGUGGUGACUGGUAUGGGCCAUGCUGCUGAAUCUCAACUGGUGGCAUCACCACAUGUUCUUUUUCCACCAACCAGACUCGUUACCACCAUGAAGUCAUGUGAAGCUAAAUGGGACUGUGACACUGGAAUGGCAACAUUCCUUGCCAGACCUUGUGGCAUUGGCCUCCUGGCCUUGUUGGUUGCAUGUGCCACACCAUUAGUCUGUGUCGCUUGGGGGCUUCCUCUGUAUCCCUGGAAUACCAACCCAGUGGCAGGUUUCAGCUGGCUGGAGAAAUGACUGUUGCAAAAAGCUGUCCAGAACUAUUGUCUGGAUUGCUUUUGUACCAGGCAUUAGUCUGGAAUGCCAGUGCUUGAUAAGCAAGAUGGAAAAAACCACCUCAGUGCUCUUUGCAGUAGGGUCUGGAAGCUUCUGGACUGGGCUGCUUUCAGUUACAAGAUAAACCAGAGCAGGAAGAGGGAAUGUUUCAUCAGAGGCUAGUUCUCGCUGGGAAGGGGGGAAAUUGACCUGCCUUGGGCUGUACCACUUCCGAUUUGAGGGGAUGGCUGUUAUAAUAGACUAUUCUGAGCUUCAAAAAUCUCCAUAUCAAAAACUGAUAUGAAAUGGAGAAGACUAAGCCAGAGUUCUUCUCCCCAAUAUCCAGCUUUCGAGAUGUAGGGAUUUUUAAUAGAGCAUUCUGUUAUAUAACCCCCCACCUGCAGCAAAGUGGUACAGCCCAGACACUGGUUUACCCCUUCAGUGAGAACUAGGCAAAGUUCAGCACUCAAACCCACCACCAUUUUCAUCUGGUCCAGUUGCUCGUUGGUCCCAUAUCACUGGAGGUCUGGUUGGAUAUGGAAUUUUUAACUUAUAGCUUAGGUGUAACAGGAAGAGGCUUGAACCCAAGCUCCAAAACAAGUUGGUUUUCGUUCGUCUGUUUAAAUAAAAAAUCUCUUUGCACAGAAGCUGGUAAUCUAGGACCUGUGUGUGAACAACCUUUUUUUAACUACUUGGUUUACUUGGGUUGGUGUGUGACAUUGUAUUUAAAUUCCUUGAACACUGUGGAAACCCUGAUUGUGUAUGAAUGGCAGCAGCUCUGUAAAUUAAAGAAAUGUCUGUGUGAAUAAACUAGCGGAUGGGGUUAAAGCCAUACCCAGUUUUGAAAUGAA